UGCCUGUUGUUGUUUUCAUAAUGACUCCGCGGCACACACACCCUUCGUGAUCAGAGCCCGAAAUAAAUUACGGCGAUGUUCGGCAAUCCAGCUCAAGAUUUCGAAUGUAAAAAUUGCCAGAAACGGUGAAUUGUUGUCUAAGCUUCGCCAGCGAACAGGAAUGUCUACCCUCCCUCCUUCGCCACCUUCAACCCCUCCCGCCAAAUUCCCAAUGGAAGCUUACUUUCAUAAGAGGCAACCAACCUCAAGCUCUGCCAUGGAGCGGUCUGACUAUGACGCGGUGCAGACGUUGCUCCUGAUGAGGAACUGCCCUCCGCCUGCUAAGCCCGACACCACCUCGCUCCUACUCCCUUCCCCAAGGAGUCUGCCCUCUGAUGCUCCCCUGUCACCAGCGUCUUCCCUCGAUGAGCCGGGGGAAGUUGUUGACAUGGACUGUACAUCUCCCAGCAGAAGAACAAUUGGCCAUAUCGAGACACCUCCUCUGACUCCCCCACCUGUCCAGACUGUUAGCAAAUAUCACAUUCCUGUCAUGACAGGAUCAGCAACCAGAGUCACACCUGUGUUUCCCAGCAGCCAUACAGCCCCUGCCCCGAUUCCUAGCAGCCCCUUGCUGACGACGCACCGAAUCGACAGCUGCAGCGUGGUCAAUGCCACGCCCAGUGUCAUGUCCUGCCAGGAACGGCCCAGCAUGUGGGCCAAGGACGUGGUGGCCCCAGCUCAACCCUCCGCCACCCAGGCGAGCGCGGCAAGCAGCCUGGUGACACUGACACUGCCACCUUGUACUCAAAGUGUGACUGCAGCCCAGAAGCUGUCUCGGUCAUCCAGAACUCUUCCCACACGUACUGUCAGUGCAGUGCCUGGUAAUGUGUUCAAAAUCCCUCUGAUGAACGCAGGAAGUGUGUGCCGUUUUGUGCCUGCUGGUGCCUCAGGAUCAAGUGCAAUCCCCCCUUCAGCUCCUACAGUUGCAACACAGACACCCAUGGUAUUGGACAAUAACUUCUCUGCCAGCAAGGUGUCGGCUGUCCCCGUGCCCUCAAGUCAGACAAAAGCGGACAGUCCCAAGCCUGUGCCAAGCUCUACCCAAUAUAAACUUAUUGUGAUGGCUGUGCCUGCAGACUUAAUGCAGACUGCACCAAAGAGUGACCAAACUGUUACCACGGGGACCAAGUAUUGCGCUCUUGCCCCAGCACCUGUGUCAAAUGCAAACUCCUCCAAUGCAAACAAAGCCAGUGUGCAGCCCUCAGUCAUGGAAUUUCUGAGAAGGCGGAACCAUGUUUGCCCGCAUGAGAACUGUGGAAAGACGUACUUUAAGAGUUCGCACCUGAAGGCACACCUCAGGACACAUACAGGUGAGAAACCCUUUAUCUGCAUGUGGGAAAACUGCGACAAGCGCUUUGCACGCUCAGACGAGCUGUCCCGUCACAAGCGCACCCACACAGGGGAGAAGAAAUUCACCUGCCCCAUGUGCGAUCGCCGCUUCAUGCGCAGUGACCAUCUGACCAAGCAUGCCAGGCGUCACAUGUCGGCUAAGAAGAUUCCCAACUGGCAGCUGGAAGUGACCAAACUGACCGACAUGGCGUCCAGUGAGAAGCAGGCCAGCCUGGUACAGGGCGUUAUCCUUAGUCCCGUGCAGUAACGGACUGCCAGAGUUUCAGAGCUGGAAAGUGUAGUGUAUCUUUGUUAUUUAUUGAAACAAGCAUGGUUUUUGUGGAUCCUGUUGGAUACACCUGCCUGAAACACCUGCCUGAUGAAUAGAUCGUGUUUCUUCGAUUUUGAAGGGUGUGUCUCACAGAAGACAUGUAGUAGCAGGGAUGAUACCCCAAAAUAAUGGCAAAAAGACUUUGGUCCUGGCCAGCUGUGGGUAAUCUCAUAUUUUGUACAGAGAUAAGUAGUCAGAAAUUGCACAUUAAAAACUACCCCAAACGGAUACAUUCAUUUGUCUUUGAUCUGAUGAAAUCAGAAGUGGACAUUUCCCCCCUGAGGAAGGCAUCACCCGGUAGUUCCUGUUGUGGAAGAAGUUUACUCCAGAGGAUUUCGAUUACAGUUGCAAAUAUGCAUGUGGUAAACGACUACUCAGAGAACGUUUUGUGUUCCUUGAAAACUUUGGGAGUUUAACUGAACUUAUCUAUUAUAGAUGAAACGGAUAGAUUGUGUUUUUUGUAGACUUUUCAUAUUUUCAUGUUAUAAAGGGUCUUUGAGAUGAAAGACAUUACAUUGCUUUUAUCAGCAGAGCCAUUGACAUGUACUUGAUGCAGAUGUGCACAAUAGCCACUUUGACAGAUACAUCUUUGAAACAUUGUUUGCUUUUUUUAAAAUGGUAAAAUUUAUAAAAUUGUGUACCCUCAAGUAUUUUCAUUGUAAAUUUACUUCACUUUCAACUCGUAGCUGUAAUGUGACCUGAUCUGACAAGAUAAGUCUGAGCUAUGUUAAUCCAAGCUGUUUUGAAAUGUUCAUUUCACAUCACUGUAUUUGCCUCGAAAAUUUUCUGACACUAAUGGAAUUUUUAAUUAGCUGCUGAUUCCUCACUGGUCACAUUGUAGAUCUGUCAUCGGUGCAUAAUGUUACAGAUACAUGUAGUAUUAAAAAGAUGAGAAAGUGGGCUUUUCAGGAAAAGAACAGCCAUGAAAGAUCAUGACUCAUGUUGUAAGAACAGGUCAUGUUUAUGUGUAAGUGCAUUAAGGUGGAUAUUUCAUUGAAAAUUUGGCAGUUUAGAGGGUUGCUAAAAUGUUCAAAGGUAAAGGAUCUUUGUCAAGAUAAAAGGUUUCCGAAUGAUAAAGGUAAGAACAUUGUCAAUUCUAGUGGCCUUUAAUUUGAUAUGAAUUUAUUUUUUGGUAAGUUCAUGUACAGAAAGAUUGUCUCAGGAAGAAUUUGGAAGUUGUAAGUUGUUUAAGUGAUGCAUUGUAAAUUGCGAAGCAAAAUACAUCUGGUCUGCUCCUGUACAGCUAUGCUACAACUUGGCAAAACCAGAACUCAUGGUGAAACUAACCAUUUGGGUGUGGUCUUUAUCAAGAACGUCUUUAAUGACUUAAUCUACAAAUUGCUAAACUUCUUGAAGGGCAUAUGAACACAAAGUAUGCUUGCUACUCUCACAUGAAGGAGGAACGAAGUGCGCGUAAUUCAAACAAGUGAUUUUGAUUUGGAAUAAAUCAGUAGACAAAAUAUUUGUGAAAACUACUGGAAAACGUUCAUGUAUUUGGUCGAUCAGUACGGCAGCAUUGCUACGUAAGUCUUUGAAAAAGAAAUGAAAGUUUGCUCGUUUACGUUAGGUUUCUGACCCAUGCCAAAGAUAACCAUUUUUUGAUAUCAGUAGUUUGAUUGUGAGUGAAACCCGAGAAUUAAGAAAAAAGAUUACAAGUAAUUGGGUCAUUUGAUGAUCAAGUAUUAAAGUAUGCCUUUACGAUGCUGCAGGGUUUGAUGGCGAAAUUAAGUUCCUUUUUCAUGGAAAGAUGGUGGGAACUUAGGAAGUGCAAUGUACGUGAAGUUUAUAAAAAAAAGCAAGGUCACAAAAAUAAAAGAAUGGAAAAACCAUUUGAUUGAAGAAGCUUAGUGCAUACAUUCUGAUUUGUAUGUUUUUAUAUGAUACGUUGACAGUAGUGUUUAUGUAAUCAUUGCGUGUUACUAUUUUGUUACUUUCAAUGAAUUAUUUGUACAAUUUUUAAGAGUAUUAAAAUUGAAUACAUGUACUCGUAUAUUGUCAACCCCAGAACGUUCGGUAAGUAGGUAAAUUUCAACUUACGAAGCAUUUGUCACUACGGAUAUUAAAGAGAUAGCAUCCACUGUUAUCACA